ACAAGGGUGACCAGUGAGGCGACGCAAAGCCCGCGGCAAGCUCGAUUAGCAUUGUGACUCUAAGAGCAGCAGUAAGUGGAUGAUACUAGGUGAGCUGGUUGAUUAUUUACGGGAUAACCCACAACUCCUUGACUCCAAUCUCCAGGCAAUUAAUCUCUAUUCACACUACAUUUCUCGCUCUUUCAAUUCUUGUUUCAUUUUUCCUCUGCGUCAAGAUGGACCUCAUCAUUCCUUGCUUCCCCGCGUUUUGUACUUGGUGGGGCAGAGUUCAAGUGAGCUUGGUUGGAUUUCCUAGCGGAAGUUUGGCCGUAUAUAUCACUAACGAUGGACGGAGAAACAUCGUACUUCCCGAUUCCGUGAUUGAUAACUUCACCGCCGUUUGAUGCCAUCGGACAACCGGGAAGUUUGACGACACGAUGAGGAAGAUUGCCGCAAAAAUGGGUCGAGUGACCGGCCGCAAGCCCCUCCUGGCGGGGUACGGUCCCGAUUUUCCGCACUAUUUGAAGUGCAUGGCCCGGACGCUGCGUUUCUUCACAUGCGACUCAACAACCCGUGAAGCACCAAGCCCUCCAUCGAACCAGAAGCCGCCCAGACAACAUUGCACGGAGCAGUGCCAUACCCUCAAGAUGACUGCACCACCGAACCGGAGGCUUAUCGGCCUUUCGACAAAGAUGUACUUCCCGCUCCAGCGCACGCUCGACUUCAUUAUCACAGUUCAGACACAACUAGCCGCUCUGUCUUCGUCUCUGGAAGACGUCGACAUCUUCAUCAUUCCCGAUUUCAUCUCCAUCCACCCCGUCAGCGAAGCCCUUAAGUCUACAUCUGUGCCAAUCCGGCUGGGCGCACAAGACUGCCACUGGGAUGAUUUUGGAGCCUUCACCGGAGAAGUUAGCCCGGUUGUCCUACGUGAGACAGGCGUCUCCAUCGUCGAGGUCGGGCAUGCGGAAAGAAGGAGAAUAUUUGGCGAGACCGAUGAGGUCGUGGCCAAGAAAGCCGCCGCGGCGAGCAGGAACGGGAUGGCGCCUUUGAUUUGCAUCGGCGAAAAGACAAAGGGAGACUUGAGCAUCGCACUGGGAGAGUGUCAAGUCCAGAUUGAUCAGUCCCUGGCGGACGUGCCUGAGUCUGCGGAAGUUAUCAUCGCGUAUGAGCCUGUCUGGGCGAUUGGCGCAAGCGAGCCGGCUAGCGAGGGCCACGUUAUUGGGGUGGUCAAGGGGAUUAGGGCAUUUGAGAGCGUUAAGAGGAGAACGGGCACGACUAGAGUCAUUUAUGGCGGCAGUGCUGGGCCGGGCUUGUUCGAGAAGCUGGGCGAGGCCGUCGACGGCCUGUUUCUUGGGCGGUUUGGACAUGAUGUGCCAAGAUUCCUCACCACUGUAUCGGAAGUGGCUUCUUUCAAGGCUUAGACGCACUCAUCUCAAAAGCUAUAGACCUGUGGUAGACAUUGUGAAUGCCCAUUCUGGUUUUCGCUAGACGUGGCGAACUUCAUUUUUACA